AUGGAUCAAUCAAGAUAUUGGAUCCAGAAGGAAAGAACUUGUUUGAAUUCGCAUGAGUUAUCAUCGUUUGGUGAUUCUUGGGAAGAACAAGCAUUCGCAGAAGACGCAGCCGGGCCACUCGGAGGAUGUAUAUGGCCUCCAAGAUCUUAUACUUGCAGUUUCUGUAGAAGAGAAUUUCGGUCAGCACAAGCUCUUGGUGGUCACAUGAACGUUCAUCGAAGAGAUAGGGCUAGACUGAAGCAAAGUCCAAAUAACAACCAAAUUCUUGAACCUAAUACAUCUUUGGGUAGAUGUACGUUACAAAACCCUAAUGAGAUCUGUAACCCUAAUUUUGACUUGGACAAUGCUCUCUUUUCAUCAUCUUCUCUAAGACCAUCUACAGAUUCCAUUCUCCGCCCUUUCACCUGCUCUUUCGUUCAACAACAGCAAACGAGUACACCCAUAUUGUCAUGGUCCAAGUUCGAUCCUCAGAAAAGAUUCCAUAUAGCCGAUAUGGAAAACCAAGCAGAGAAGGGUUAUACAAAAGUUAUCCAGUCGAAUACCACCAGUUCCAAGAAGAAUACUCGUCAGAUUGAGGUUCAUUUCGCUGCUAACUUAAAUCCACGCGUUAGAGGAAGAUGUGACACACCUAUCUGCAGUGACAAGAGUGACCAGGACGAUGGUUUGAUCUUCAAGAGAAGGCGAAUACACGAGGAUGUACAGUUUCUCUUUCCAAAAACUAGUAACUCGAUAAAUUGUGAUGCAGGUGAAUCCAUGGUGUCUCUUAAAAGUAGCCCGAACUCUACUUUAGAGAAUUUGGAUCUUGAGCUACGACUAGGUGAUCGGCCUUAA